AUGACGCGUUCCUCGUUGGUUCGUUCAUCUGAAGCGAAAGUGUCUCUCAGCUUCUAUAAUCUCUAUCCCGUGGUGUGUCAUAAUAUAUGCACUAUUGGCUUGGAAGUUACUGAGAACAUAGGCAUCUCGGUUUUUUUACUCUUUCAGUUGUUACGGUUUAAUGACUUGAUCAUUAGAGCCUUCACUACUAGCCUGUCGAUAUAA